AUGGGAUUAUUACAAUUCGAGACAUAUAUCCACCGCAACUGGUCACAAUCUGAUCCAAACCGGGCGCCUGCUUUUCCAGUCACCACAUCCCUAUCUGUUUAUUGCUCCUUACCCACAGAAAGAAGGAAUCAGCCUCUACCCAGAAACAAAAGAGUGUACCAAAGCAAGAAGAAGAAGAAGGCAAUGAGUUCGUCGCCGUCAAAAACAUUGAGAAAAUUGGAGGUAGUUUCUCCAGUUCCCGCGGACAUUGAUAUCGCUAACUCUGUGGAGCCUUCCCAUAUUUCCCAGAUUGCCGAGGACCUUAAUCUCAAGCCUGCCCAUUAUGAUCUUUACGGCAAAUACAAGGCCAAGGUGCUGCUGUCAGUUGUUGAUGAGCUGCAAGGAUCAAGCGAUGGAUACUAUGUGGUUGUCGGUGGAAUCACUCCUACCCCACUUGGAGAGGGCAAGUCCACUACUACUGUUGGCCUUUGUCAAGCUUUGGGUGCAUUUCUUGACAAAAAGGUUGUUACUUGCCUUCGUCAACCAUCACAAGGACCGACUUUUGGAAUCAAAGGAGGUGCUGCAGGUGGUGGUUACAGUCAAGUUAUCCCAAUGGAUGAAUUCAAUCUGCAUAUGACCGGAGACAUCCAUGCCAUAACUGCUGCGAACAAUCUGCUAGCAGCUGCAAUUGACACCAGGAUAUUCCAUGAAUCCUCCCAAUCUGACAAGGCGCUCUUUAAUCGAUUAUGUCCCCCAAACAAGGAAGGAAAACGGAAGUUCAGUGACAUAAUGUUCAGGCGUCUGAAGAAGCUAGGCAUCACAAAGACCACACCCGAGGACUUGACUCCAGAAGAAGCAAAGAGAUUUGCAAGGCUCGAUAUUGAUCCGGAAUCCAUCACAUGGAGGAGAGUGAUGGAUGUUAAUGAUAGGUUCUUGAGGAAGAUCAGUAUUGGAGAAGGUCCCGACGAGAAAGGGAUGGUGAGAGAGACUGGGUUCGAUAUCUCGGUUGCUAGCGAAAUCAUGGCUGUGCUGGCCUUGACUACAUCACUAUCUGAUAUGAGAGAGAGGUUGGGGAAAAUGGUGGUUGGGAAUAGCAAGGCUGGUGAGCCAGUGACUGCUGAUGAUCUAGGAGUUGGGGGAGCCUUGACUGUGCUGAUGAAAGAUGCCAUCAACCCUACUUUAAUGCAGACCCUUGAAGGGACUCCAGUUCUCGUUCAUGCUGGUCCUUUUGCCAACAUAGCUCAUGGCAAUUCGUCUGUCGUAGCUGACAAAAUCGCUCUGAAGCUUGUAGGACCUGGUGGGUUUGUGGUUACUGAGGCAGGGUUUGGGGCAGAUAUAGGUACAGAGAAGUUCAUGAACAUCAAAUGCCGGUAUAGUGGGUUGACGCCACAGUGUGCUAUCAUUGUUGCGACGAUAAGGGCCUUGAAGAUGCAUGGCGGUGGUCCAGAUGUUGUUGCCGGAAAGCCUCUUGAUCGUGCCUACACGACCGAGAACGUUGCGUUGGUUGAGGCCGGCUGUAUUAACUUGGCGAGACAUGUGGCAAACACGAAGGCUUAUGGUGUGAAUGUUGUGGUUGCGGUGAAUAUGUUCUCGACAGACACUGAGGCUGAACUCAAUGCUGUUAGAGAUGCUGCGUUGGCUGCUGGGGCGUUUGAUGCUGUUGUGUGUACUCACCAUGCGCAUGGCGGGAAAGGAGCGGUGGACCUUGGGCUAGCUGUUCAGCGAGCCUGCGAGAAUGUGAAUCAGCCAUUGAAGUUUCUAUACCCUCUGGACAUUGGUAUCAAGGACAAAAUCGAGGCAAUAGCUAAGUCGUACGGUGCAAGUGGUGUCGAGUACUCGGAGCUGGCCGAGAAACAAAUAGAGAUGUACACUAAACAAGGAUUCUCAGGCCUACCAAUCUGUAUGGCGAAAACUCAGUACUCGUUCUCGCACAAUGCAGCUUCAAAGGGAGCUCCAAGUGGAUUCAUGCUGCCUAUCAGGGAUGUUAGAGCCAGCAUUGGCGCUGGUUUCAUCUACCCUUUGGUAGGGACGAUGAGCACCAUGCCUGGCCUUCCAACCAGGCCUUGCUUCUACGAGAUCGAUCUCGAUACCGCCACUGGGAAGGUCAUUGGCCUCUCUUGA